GGCUAGCGGGGCUCCUGCGCAGGACGGGUAGCAAAGCUACAGAGAAGCUCCGGAAAGACACGAGCUCUGUUACGGUUCACUCACCUCCAUGUGUGUCUGACGAGACUGUGAAAUUAACCCGAGCAUAAAAUUGUUGUCUUCUCUAGCAGAAGACCAAGGUAGAACAUUUAGCAUUUCAACGCUGGGGGACCGACACUGACAUGGCGACAUCGAGCUCCUGUGUUGUGAUUAGCGAUGAGGAGCAGGGUUACGACUUGGAUCUUUUCUGUAUACCCAAGCACUACGCUGCCGACUUGGAGAGGGUUUAUAUUCCUCACGGACUCAUCUUGGACAGGACAGAGAGGCUGGCGAGGGAGAUCAUGAAAGAAAUGGGGGGCCACCACAUCGUGGCCCUUUGCGUUCUUAAAGGGGGUUACAAGUUUUUUGCAGACCUGCUGGACUACAUCAAAGCCCUGAACAGGAACAGUGACCGCUCCAUCCCCAUGACAGUGGACUUCAUUCGCCUCAAGAGUUACUGUAACGACCAGUCGACCGGUGAAAUCAAAGUGAUCGGAGGAGACGAUCUGUCAACUCUGACAGGAAAGAACGUCCUAAUUGUGGAGGAUAUAAUUGACACGGGCAAGACAAUGAAGACGUUAUUGCAGCUACUCAAACAGUACAAUCCCCAAAUGGUUAAAGUAGCAAGUUUGCUGGUGAAGAGAACGCCGCGGAGUGUCGGCUACCGACCGGACUUUGUAGGAUUUGAGGUCCCUGACAAAUUCGUGGUGGGAUACGCUUUAGACUACAACGAGUACUUCAGAGAUCUGAACCAUAUCUGCGUAAUUAGUGAAACAGGGAAGGAGAAGUACAAGGCAUGAGAGGCACUUCAGUACACUUUUUUUUUUUAAAUGUAUGG